GAGAGAGAAGAGCAUGUGCAUCUGCUCCUGUGGUGUGUAAUGAGAUUCCCUCUCGUUAAAGUCUUUAGUGUAAUAAUCUGACCCUGCAUACUACCUGAGAUCUGCUUUGCACAGAAGAACCAGACGAGACCAGAACCACACCAGUCCGCAUGAACCGAAGAAUAUUCAGAUCAUCCUGAAAAGGAAAAACUGAAGAGUUUGGACUUUAUUGGUCCUUGGGAGUCACAGAUGGCAAUGAUUGGAUAGAAACAAGGAUGUACGUGUGUGUUGCCCUCUUCUCUGCAGAUUUGAGUCAGUCUGAGUCGGUCCAUCUGUUCGCCGUUUGUGUGCGUGUGAUCUGUGAAACCAGGCCACUCUCUCAUUUAGAACACACACACACACACUCACACACACACACACACUCACACUCUCACACACACAGAUCAUGAGCUGUCUGGAAUGGUUUCACUCUCACACGCACAGCUGAUAUCUGAUCAUUAUAAACACAAUAUCACACACAUUAACCAUCGUCAUGGAGACAGCGGUGAUGAAAUCUCUUCUGGCCCCCGUUAAGACCCUCAAACACUGUGUGACAGGAGGGAAGAAGGAAUCCAGCUGGACCAAACGAGGGUCAAAGGGCAAGACCUGUGCGCCCCGCAUCAAUCAUGCGCAGGACCCGAAUCUGCUGCGAUCCUAUCAGGCCGACCUGGAGAGAGAGAGGAAAUUACGUGAGGCGAUGAAUGCUCAGAAGAACGCAGAGAGAGCAGCGAUGAGAGCGCAUUUCAGGAGGAAGUACCAGCUGACAAAGAAUGUCAAGGACACAGAGCAGCUGCGAGUGGUGAGGGGGAAAGUGGCUCUCCCUCGUGAACUGGCUCAGAUGGUUCGUCCCGAAGCUCCAGCUAAAGACGACAGCUUCAGUCUGCUCAGCGCGUUCCAAAGCCUCGUUUUCACCGGCACUAAACGGACCGAAACGCCCACAGCUGCCAACACAGAGCCCUGCAAAGUCAUAGCUGCAGAAGACAUAGAGACAGAGAGAAGCAGCAUGAUCGUGUCUCGCUCGCUGUGUGUCCGUCCCGUCGGCCGCUGGGAUGCUGUGAUGAUGCAGCAGAGAUACAGCGGUGGCAGUGGAGGAGAACUGCGACGCUUCCAGGAGAUUCCACACACCGGCAGCAACGGCUGGAUCAACUUGCUGCGCUACUGGAGAGACGGACGAUUCAAACUCCUUCACAAACACAUGGAGAACACCUUCAGAGAGCUCGGGCCCAUUUACAGAGAGUAUCUAGGUUCUCAGAACACUGUAAACAUCAUGUUGCCGAUAGAUAUUGGUGAGUUGUUCCGUUCAGAGGGUCUUUACCCACGGCGGAUGACUCUGCAGCCCUGGGCGACACAUCGAGAGACCCGCAGACACAGCAAAGGCGUUUUCCUCAAGAACGGAUCAGAGUGGCGUUCCGACCGGCUGCUGUUGAACCGGCAGGUGAUGGUCAGUUCAGCCGUUCGGCGCUUCCUCCCACUGUUGGAUGAUGUUGCGCAGGAUUUCUGUCGUUCGCUGAGACACCGUGUGGAGACGGAGGGCGUUGGGGAGAGAGGCCGGCGCAGUAUGACCCUUGACCCCAGUCCUGACCUCUUCCGCUUCGCUCUGGAAGCGAGUUGUCAUGUUCUGUAUGGCGAGCGGAUCGGUCUCUUCUCGUCGUCUCCGUCUGAAGAGUCGGAGCGUUUCAUUUGGGCAGUUGAACGCAUGUUGGCCACGACCCCCCCACUCCUGUACCUGCCCCCCCGCCUGCUGCACCACCUGCGCGCCCCCCUGUGGACACAACACGCCACUGCAUGGGACCAGAUUUUCAGUCACGCUGAGGCACGCAUACAGAGGGGGUAUCAGCGGCUACAGACACGUGCUGCAGGAUCUGGAGGGGCAGCAGGAGGCGCUGAGGGGCAGUUCUCGGGUGUGCUGGGGGAAUUAAUGGAGGCGGGGCAGUUAUCUCUGGAACUCAUCCGAGCAAACAUCACAGAACUGAUGGCCGGCGGUGUGGAUACUACGGCCGUCCCGUUGCAGUUUGCCCUCUUUGAGUUGGCACGUAAUCCUGACGUGCAGGCGAGUGUUCGAGCACAGGUGCUGUCGUCAUGCGAACAGGCAGCAGGAGAUGCACGUAAAGCGCUGCAGGGGGCACCACUGCUGAAAGGAACCGUGAAGGAAACACUGAGACUCUAUCCAGUGGGAAUCACAGUUCAGAGGUAUCCUGUGAGAGACAUCGUCCUGCAGAAUUAUCACGUGCCAGCCGGGACGCUGGUGCAGGUGUGUCUGUAUCCUCUCGGUCGCAGUCACAAGGUGUUUGAGAGUCCGGAGCGCUUCGACCCGACCCGUUGGGGAGGACCUGAGAGAGGACAGCACGGUGAGGAUGUCACUGUGGAGACGGGUUCAGGUGGGGCGUUCCGCUCUCUGGCGUUUGGGUUCGGCUCCAGACAGUGUGUGGGACGAAGAAUCGCAGAGAACGAGAUGCAGCUGCUGUUGUUGCACAUCCUGAAGAACUUCUCAUUGAGUGUUUCAUCCACAGAAGAAUUGAACACCAAAUACACACUGAUCCUGCAGCCAGAGUCUCCACCCAGAAUCACCUUCACCACACUCUCACACUGA